GUUUCUAGCGACGCACACAGGAAAUACACGUAGUGUCCGAAACAGCGGCACCAUCACAUUUUGUUCCUCUGUUGUCUCCAUGUGUCAGCUGGCAUUUUCCUGCCAAAUCAGCGGAGAUAUUUUUCGCAAUUUUGAAACUUUGUAACGUCAGACCCCUUUCUUUUCAAUCUUAAGACUCGCAUGUUACGGCUGUCAUCAGUAAACCAAAUGAAUGAUGUCCGAAUGAGUUAUUCCACACAAAGUAAACGGAACUGAAAACUGAAGGUUUUCAUUAGGCUCCGUUUGUGACAGUGAAAAUGGUAAAGAAAAGGGGGAAGGACAAAAGCUCCAGAGAGGACGAUGACAUUGAAUUUACCGGACCAUCCUGCAGGCAUAUUAAAAAGGGAACAGAGCAAACUCUUCUGAAGAAACUCUCUGGGAAUUCUGAUUGGACGAAUUGUCAGGAUUGUAAGCAUGAAGAAAAUGAAGAAAACAAAGAAAAUAUCAGCACUACCGGGCCACAGGAACCUGAAGAGGAAAAGGAAACAACACCUACAUGGAUGUGCUUAAAAUGUGGCCAUAGAGGAUGUGGACGAAACUCUGAGAACCAGCAUGCCAUCAAACAUUAUGAAACUCCUCGGUCGGAGCCACAUUGCCUGGUGAUCAGUUUGGACAACUGGAGUGUGUGGUGUUACAUAUGUGAUGAUGAAGUCCAAUACUCCAGAACUGGACAUUUGGCUCAGCUGGUGACCAACCUACAAAAGCAAACCUCUGCAGAUCCCAUAAAGAGACCACAGAAAAGAGUGAAGGAAGAAGACAGCUUGUUGGAAGUUGAUCAGAAGACAGAGACUGCAAAAGCAGAGGAAAAUGAGGACAAAGACGACAAACAAAACAAGGAUCACCCCAAGAAAAACACCAAGAAAGAGAGUGUUGGGAACUCACAAAAGUCUGGCACGUCUGAAGACAAUGUUGUUAUUUCAGUAAAAGGGCUGAGCAACCUGGGAAACACAUGUUUCUUUAAUGCAGUCAUUCAGAAUCUCUCUCAAACACAACUCUUAAGACAGACUCUAAACAAAGUGACAGAAGAGAAAAUGAGUCUUAACAUUCAACCUGUUCCCUCCUCGGGUCUGGACCCUUUAGUUAUGCACUUAGAUAAGCCUGGAUCCCUGACUUUGGCUAUGUGUCAACUACUUAAUGAAAUCCAGGAAUCCAAGAAGGGUGCGGUAACGCCACGGGAGCUGUUCACACAAGUUUGUAAAAAGGCUGCCCGGUUCAAAGGAUUUCAGCAGCAAGACAGCCAGGAGCUGCUGCGCUACCUUCUGGAUGGGAUGCGAGCUGAGGAGAUCAAAAGAGUAAGCUCAGGGAUAAUGGAGGCAUUGAAAGAAUCUAGGAAAAGCACAGAUGGAGAGCAGCUGAAAACAUUAGUUAAAGAGUACGAGAAAAAUGGAUUUCCAAAAAACUUUGUCGACUAUGUUUUUGGUGGCGAAACGAUCAGCACUAUAAUGUGUCAGCAGUGUAAAACGGUGUCUGUAGUCACAGAGAUGUUUUUGGAUCUUUCCCUUCCUGUUUCUGACGAGGCGUACAGAAAGAAGAAACAGAAAAAAGAAGUUCAGAGCACCAGUGAGUCGAGCCAGGAUGACAGAAGCAGCCCUGCCCUGACAAACGGGAAUGAUGAGAUUGCCACCGGGUCUGGCAGCAAGUACCAGCAGAAGAAAGCCAAAAAGCAGGCAAAGAAGCAGGCAAAGCAUCAAAAGAGGCAGCAGAAGAUUGAGGGCAGAGUCACUUUGGACAGUCUCUCAUCUCCCGGCCCCACGGAGGGCGAACAGACCGAUCCUACUGCAGAUGCUGAGGACGGGGAUGAUGCUGACAAUGGAACACAUGAAGAAGCCUCACCAAGUGAAGGAAAUCCUGUGAAAAUCCAGGAAGUCAGUGUGUCUGAAGAGGACAAAGAAGACUUUGACACGGUCCAGGAUGAGAAGGAAAAAGAAGAGGAUGAUGAUUCAGUGAUUGAGUGUGACUCCUCAGCUACGUCAUCAGUUAGCAACCGCUUCACCGUCUUAUCAGAGGAGCAGCAUUCAAAGGACAGCGUCUUCGACGAUGAGAAAGUGUCUGACCUGGAUGAGGAAGGAGAACAGAACUCCCAGCUAGUGAGUGAAAUGGAGAAAGUAACCCUGGAUGAUGCCUUCAUAGAAGACUCUAAUGCUGUGGAACAAAGUGGGGAGAGUGAAGAUGAGGCAGUGGAAGCUAAAGAGUACACUGUAGUAAUUCAGGACCCUGAGCUGGCCUUCCACACACUGGCUACCAGGACAACCCCUGAGAAACAGGAGUGUUCAGUGCAGUCAUGCCUUUUUCAGUUCACAGAAGUGGAAACCCUCACGCAGAACAACAGCCUGCUUUGUGUCACCUGCACUAAACGGCACAAAAACAAAGACGAAGCUGGAGGAUCCAAGAAGAAUGUCUACACUGAUGCCUUGAAGCAAAUGCUGAUCUCUUCUCCCCCACCAGUGCUUACUCUUCAUUUGAAGAGAUUUCAACAGAAUGGAUACGCUAUUUGUAAGGUGAACCGACAUGUCCAAUUCCCCCUGAUACUGGAUCUAGCUCCCUUUUGUGCGGCUCAGUGCAAGAACUUCACAGAGGGAGAUACUCAGGUUUUGUACAGCUUGUACGGUAUCGUAGAGCACAGCGGAACAAUGAGGUCAGGUCAUUACACAGCGUAUGUGAAAGCACGACCUGGGUGCCCUACACCCUCAUCCAACGGAUAUACAGCUGAAGGACAUGUCGAGCCACCCAGAGGAUCCUGGUUCCAUGUCAGCGACACAAGCGUUCAGCCUGUGAGUGAGAGUAAAGUCCAAAGUUGCCAAGCCUACCUCCUCUUCUAUGAAAGAAUCCUCUAAUCGAACUGUACCACACUACUCAGGAAAUCCAAACAACCAACCUGCUGCUUCUUCUUCAGUUCCACAGUAUAAGGGAUCUCAAUCGGUUAAUAACCAACCAGUUUUGACAAUGACUCAAACUGGGCUGCGAUAAAAUGAUAUUGAUUAUACAAAAAAGACUUUGAAAGUGUGGACAUUUUCAUCACAGUAGUUCCACACUGUGUUUCAAGCAAACAGGGACAAGCUGUAUGUUUCUCACACUCAUUGGAUUAUAGCAAAGUGUCAAAUGAAAGUCAAGAUGGACAUUGAACAGAUUGUGGUAUUGGAUUCGUACACAAAUAAAUUUCACGACAUACAUGAAAGUUGGGGCAAAAUAACUUAAAUGUAUGUUAUGUUAAACAUAUAUCUGUUAAACAUAUUUAUAUGCCUAUUUUUAUCAAUGCCAUCAUGUAAUGAAAUGCUUCAAAAUUGGAAAAGUUUUUCCUGUCUUGUGUGCUGGCUUUCUGACUCUUGCACUGAGCAUGCGCAGUAAGUGCUGACUGUACCUUUUCCUGGUCCAAAUUGUCACAUGACGAGAGGGAAGCCUGGCUCCGGAUAACUAAAACAUCUCUACCCAAAAUGUAUCAAUGACAGUUUUAUCAAGUUGACAUGGCAGGUCAGUGAACGUUUGCUUUGCUUUUGAAAUUAAUAUUAAAAAGUUACGUUCCUGUU